GAGCGGCCGGCGGAGCUAAGGCCACAGGCGGCGGCUGGGGGCCCGACAUGGACAAGCUGAAGAAGGUGCUGAGCGGCCAGGACACCGAGGACCGCAGCGGUCUGUCCGAGGUUGUGGAGGCUUCCUCCUUAAGCUGGGGCACCAGAAUAAGAGGCUUCAUCGCAUGUUUUGCUGUAGGAAUCCUCUGCUCACUGCUGGGUACUUUCCUGCUGUGGGUGCCCAGGAAAGGACUGACCCUCUUUGCGGUGUUUUACACCUUGGGGAACAUGGCAUCAAUUGGGAGUACCAUCUUCCUCAUGGGGCCAGUGAAACAGCUGAAGCGCAUGUUUGAGCCGACGCGUCUCAUUGCCACCAUCCUGGUGCUGUUGUGUUUUGCACUUACCCUGUGCUCUGCCUUUUGGUGGCAUAAAAAGGGGCUCGCGCUCAUCUUCUGCAUUUUGCAGUCCUUGGCCUUGACCUGGUAUAGCCUCUCCUUCAUACCAUAUGCAAGGGAUGCUGUGAAGAAGUGCUUCGCUGUGUGUCUUGCAUAGUACACUGCCAGUCUGCAGAGAGCACCGUGGAUUGUAGCCGGUGGACAGUUUUGUAAAUACCCGCUCAACUCUGUCUCACAGACAUGUGCCUUUAACUUGCAGCAGUGUGUUGCUUGCAAUUUGGACAUUUUUGAGGGUUGCCAUGGGAGCAGUCAUGAAUCCUAAACCCUAAUGUCUGUAGCACAGUGUGGGGUUCUGUGGCUAGUGUGGAGGACUCUUCCUCAUGACCAUUUUCCUCUCUGGAUGGUUUCAAUCUUUGUUUAAUCAUAGCAGCAGAUAAGCCCCAGGAGCCACAGGUUCCCAGGCCACAGCAGGAAGGUCUACAGAGAUUAUAGGGAUGCAGCAGGACAUGCAGAAUUUUGAAGAAUUGCCCCUCACCACGGAAACCAUUGUCACUGCCUCACAGAGCGUCUUCCCUGGUGUUUGAGAACAAAUGAUCCUGCCCUUCCUAAGCCCCUGGGAUCCUGCCCUGGAUACAUUGUUCCUUCCUAUGGAUGCGCCAUCUUGCUGUUCUCAAUCACAACUGGCUAUGGAAUGUGUUUUCUGGUGUUCAGUGUGGAUUCUUUCUCUUGCCCUCACCCUCACAUGUCUCUUGUCUUAUGACCUUGGGGGACUGCUUGCUUGAUGGAGAGUGAGGUAGCGGCCUAAAGUACUCUUUGCUUCUGGACAAGAGCCACCAGAAAGUGAAAAACCUUCGCGUUCCCCGCUCUGUUUAUUUUUCUUCAUUAUUUAUAAACAUUUACUUUUAUUGAUUUUAUUUUCCGUUCUUCGCUGGAGUUGGGCCAAAGAAAGUGCGUGGGAAGACCGAUCCCUUGUGGGGCCAGCAGGAAGUAGGUAGGCAUGCCUGCCAAGCAACUUCUCAGUAAUCCGGCAUUGACACUCAGCCUGUGCUGGACACUGGAAAGACACCAGCCUGCAGGUGGUCAUGUCUCAGCCUGAUGUCUAACCACACACACAGCGUUCUCAUGUUGGUGAUCUUCUCUGGUCCUCAUGAGAGCCCUGUGAGGAAGCAGGAUUAUUGUCUCACUGUGUAGUCAAGGGACGGAAGCCCAGAUGGGUUUCCAUGUCCCCUGAAGCCACAGCUGUGGCAGGGUCAAGCCAGAGUCUGGAUGCCUCAUUUCCAGUCUCCUUCCUGAUGACACAGCUCUGGUCAAACCUGCCGUCAUCUCUCAUAACCCUUUCCUUGUUUUCAUCAUCCCAGCCUGGACCUUUUCAGGUUUCAGUAUCUAUGUCACCUGUGUCCUAUGGUCAUCCUGUACUAAAAGGGAACCAUCCCAUGUUCCCUUUCAGGGCUCUCUGCUUCCCGGGCAUCAUCAUAUCUAGGUUUACCCUCCGCUCUUUGUGCAAGGCCAGAUCUACUCUGGUCCGUGCUUUGCCACCUCCAGACCAAAGGCAGUGAGAACUUAUCUCUUUGGUUGUGGCCAGUUGCUGAAGUGUGGCUAAUAACUCCGUCUUUUCUUCUGAGAUGGAGAAGAAUGGAUAGGCUCAAUCAGUCCAGAUUCUCUCCAUGCUGUUGAAGGCACCUGUGAGGUCUUCAACCUGUCUUCAGUCAGGAAGGAAAAUCAUAUGCUGUUCUCUGGCUUUGUGAGGCACAAUCAUAUCCGAGGAGCUUUGGGAAUCAGUUCAGGUCUCAGAAGUGCUCAGUGUCAGAAGGGGCAUGGAGAGUUUAGGGGUGCACAUGGUUCCUAGCUGACCGGAGGCUGGGCUAGUUGCUUCAAGUUCCAACUACCCUAGAGUCAUGCACGUAAAUAAGGCUGACCCCUCUAUGCCCUUUUCAGUGACUUGGACUUGUAUCCAAGAUGUUAGAAGGGCUGAGCAGCAUAGCUGUGUGAAUGUGGGCUGAGAAAAUAAGCAGAUCUGGGUAUGAGCGGUGGUCCAGUCACAUGUUGGUUGGGUCUUUUGAAGUUGCCUAAUGUUUGGGUCCUCAAUUUCUCUGUUUCAAAGUAACAGGCUGACAAAUGGUGCUGGGUCAUCGGCGGAUGCCAGUGAAAGAUGACUAGAUCAAGUGCUUGGUCUGGGGCCCAGCAGAGAUCUCUGCAUAACUCCUAAAGGGACAGGGUGAAUGCUUGGCCAUUGCUUUGUCUAGCGUACUUAAUGCUGUGUGUACUGCUGUAGACUCUACCAUACACUAUCUCACUCAUUGGGCACAGGGACUGCCAGGCAAGAGAUACUGCCUUUAUCAUCAUGAAGUAGUAGCUGCUUCAGAUGCUCUCACCAGCAGGGAUCAGUGAGGAGGCUCUAGGUAGGGGAUGACAUCUCGGAUAAAAGGCUUUGGGGCCUAAUUCCUACAGCCUGUGGCCAGUUUGCCUCAACAGCUUGACUCUGGACACAGUUAAGCAUCUUUUGGAUGGCUGUCCUCCAGUAUCUUCCAGACUCCCAGACUAUUUCUUCUGUCGCCUUGUCCUUUGGUAAUUUCCUUUCCUGCUUUUACUGGACUGUGGAAGGAAGAAAUCCAUUCCAAAUCUGCUUAAGUCUCAUACCAAGCAAUAGCAUCGAUUAGAAGCAACUUGGUGAGGGAGGCUUUAGUGGAGAAUUAGGGCCUCUGACGCUGGCUGGUGGUGGUGGUGUCUGUUUCCUCUCCCCCUUUACACUCCCCAGUUCACUGCCUGGUGAGGGGACACCACUGUUUUUUGGGAGUGAUGGAAACUCUUGAGUGACCUUUGUAGAGGGAAAUGUGGUACUCCAUCAGGGUGUGCCCCGGCCAGUGGGGUUUCAACGAGGGCGACUCACCUGUGGGAGACAAUGACAGGACAGUGCAACACAAGAGACAGCAGCAAGACAGGAUUCUGAUCAAGCCACCAAACUUUAU